AUGAACUUAAUCGACUUACUUCUAUACCUAACUUCUGAAGGAUCAGAUUUCAUGGGUUUUUGGCAGCUUGGGAACCCUACGCAGCAAGAGAAUAAAUAUCUAGAGAGAUUGGUGGGUAUUGGUGCAAACAAAAACUCCCUUCUCACAAAUGGUCUAGACAUGAGAGACAACUCAAGUACACCUGUCAGUCUUCAAACGGUGAUACUCAGCUGGACUGUCAGAACCUUAUCUCUGUCAACUGUAGCAGUUUUCCACUGCAUUAACAAAGGCAGAUGAAUUUUCAGAUUCAUAUUCAUAUUAAAAACAACGAACAGCCUACAACUACAAAGAUAUGCAGAUAUAAACCUGAAAUUUAUGCAUUGCUAGUUUAUGCAACAGCAAAGUACUCUUUUUGAUUUGAGACAAA